UGUCAUCAGUUUGACAAGAUUAGUUUCAAAUUAAAGAAUAAAAUUCUAUUCUAUUUGAAACCCUCAUUCUGCAGAACGUGCGCAUACAAUCAUUUCACGUAAACUUUAAAUUAUACCACUUCCUCUCUUACUCUCGUGAAGGGAACUUCACGUCAGUUAUUGUAUUCACUAUUCGGCAUUUUGUGGUUAGUUAGUGCAACUAGUAUAACGAUAAUUAGUACAUUACAUUAAACAAAAAUGACCGAACAAAGUUUACCUCCUCCUCCAGUUAUGUGGGCUCAAAGGACGGCAGUAGUAUUUUUAACAGUCAAUUUAGAAGAUGUAAAAGAACCAGAUAUAAAAUUUGAAAAAGACUCGGUGUACUUCAAAGGUACAGGUGGUUUAGAGGGAAAGACUUACGAGGUUACAAUUUCGUUAUAUAAAGAAAUUGAUCCAGAAAAAAGUAAAAGUUUCCAAAGGGGUAGGUGUAUCGAAAUGCUUCUUGUGAAAGCUAACCAAGAAGAACCGUAUUGGCCAUCUCUCACCAAAGAUUCGACAAAAAAACAUUGGUUGAAAUGUGAUUUCAAUAAAUGGCAUGAUGAAGAUGACUCAGAUGAUGAAGGUUUAGGUAUGGGAGGCGAAGGUGAUGUUGAACAGAUGCUAAAACAAAUGGGAGGAUUAGCAGGUGCUGGUAAUAGCAAACCAGCAUUUGAUGAUUUGGACGAUGGAGAAGCAGAUUCGGACGACGAACCAAUUCCUGAACUCGAAUGAACAAUGUAUCAGAUGAAAUGAUGAAGUUUGAGUUUUGUAUUUUACAUUAAUUCCUAAACUAAUUUUCCACCUGUUUAUGUUACAAAUAAAAACAUCUCUAGUGGUAGCAAUUUUAUUGUUAAUUUAAGAGCUCAUCUUCAGUUUUUGUGAAGUUUGGGUAUAUUAGGAUUGGAAGUUUUGCUACAUCAUGUAUUUACAAAAAAAAUAUAGAAGUUUCAAUCAA